AUGGCGGAGCUACUUCAAAGGCUACAAGCAACUGGCAAGUUCACAAUAAUUCGCUUCAAGGAGAGCAUGAUUCUCCACGAGCCGGUGGAAAAUUGGCCGAUCGUCGCUUGCCUUCUGGCCUUUGCCUCAUCCGGUUUUCCACUUCCAAAGGCCAUUCAGUACCAAAGGCUCCGGAACCCAUGGCUCGUGAAUGCUCUUGAGGAGCAAGAGAUUCUCAGCGACCGGGUUCAGAUGUACGAGCGCCUUACGGAAGCCGGUAUCCCGUGCCCACCUCAUACCGUCAUCGACCAUGGCUCAGUAACACCCGGCGAGCUUGUCCAAGAGGUGGACAGCAUCACAUGGCGAGGGCAAGUCUUGCCAAAGCCCUUUGUGGAGAAGCCCCAGGACGCAGACGACCAUGCUGUUUGGAUCUAUCAUGUUUCAAGCGACGGAGGUGGUGCGACCAAGCUGCAUCGGAAGAAGGGGAACCAAUCAAGCAUCCGCGACCUCACGCAGAGCCACAUCCGAGAGAAUGGAAUGUAUGUCUACGAGCCUUUCAUGGAAACAGGUGGCCUGGACAUCAAGGUCUACGCAGUUGGCGAGACCUACGCGCAUGCCGAGGUGCGCAAAGCGCCGGCAGUGGAUGGGCGUGUUGAGAGGGACGCAAACGGCAAGGAGGUCCGCCAAACCAUCGAGUUGACGGAAGAGGAGAAGAACAUGUCCCGAAUGGUGGUCAGAGCUUUCAAACAAAGUGUAUGCGGCUUCGAUAUCCUUCGCACCACCGACGGCCAUUCGAUGGUCUGCGAUGUGAACGGCUUCUCUUUUGUGAAGGGGAACAAGGAGUACUUCGACAAUGCAGCCAUGAACCUAUCAAAGAUGCUGGUGAAAAGCAGUUUGAACCCACCCCGUACGCCCUUGCGUCACAGAAUCCGCCAGCAAAGCUGGUUCAAAUCAAUUGGAAAUUUCUGCUCCAUGGUGCCCUGUCCAUGUUAA